AUGCCGAAUCGGUUGAUUGAUGAGACCAGCCCGUAUCUGUUGCAGCACGCCAACAAUCCGGUGGACUGGUAUCCGUGGGCGAGGAGGCGCUGGAGCGGGGCGGGCAGACGACUAAGCCUAUCCUGCUGA